AUGAGUAACCGGGUCUGCUUUCGCUCCCAUUCUUCUUCCCUUUCCCUCGCUAUCCCGUACCGGUAUUCGAGCCCUACUGUGAUCGCAAUCGUUCUCACUGUCCACCUGCCGCACCAGAAGAAGCAGCAGUACACUACCGUGACCGGAGUGAAAUUAAAAUCCAACAUUCGACACUACAGUAGGGAAGCAGAGCCAAAGGCCCUCCCCACCGGCGAGGACACCCGGGGGACACCCAAGACACUUGUGUUCGGCAUCCAAAUGAACUUCCUAAACAACAUCGCUCAGCCUUUAGUGGAGAAGGAGGCUGAGGCUAUCGUAUCUCAAGGGCAGACACGAAGGACCAAAGUCCUAUACCAUCGCCUAAGCUUGAUCCGGCCGUGGAAAGCGGCGUACCAGAGCCCGGGCACAGCCAUAUACACGGAGACAAAGAACAGAGACCACCAACAUGGCGGCGAGACGCAACCGCUGCAGCCAGUUCAGCCAGAGCGCCGGAUGCGGAGAUUCAGCAUGCCGCUUUUCGACUUCCCGGGACAGCCGUUCAGCAUAGAAGCACUGUGCAGGAUAGAGACCGGCGAGGACCCCGACACCCAAGAGGGGCCCAAGCAGUCGGGCUCGUGGCGCCGGCUGUGGAAGCGGGCCCGAGACGCGGCCAGGCGCCUGCUCAGCUGCGACCGAGACGCGGCCCACGACUCGACCGCCCCGCGCCCCAAAGCGGCCUAA